CAGAAACAGAGUGGGACGGGGUAGCGGUGUGACUUUAGCUCGGGGUGACCGCAGCUCCGGGUUGAACUUUUUUGGAAUUAUAACGUUUAAAAUCGUGUUGUUUCCGUGUUGUUUUGGCAGAGACACGCGGGUGUGACAGAGGAGGAAUCACGCAGCGUCACGAGCGAACGAGCCCGGAACAAAAGCCACGUUUUAUUGGAGAUUAGCAUUAGCAUUAGCCUCGGAGCUAACGGCGCGUCAGGUGUUUCCGGUGACUUUGGCUCAGUUCUUCUCGUGUUGACGGCGUCUGACCUGGUGUGUUGCCGCAGCCGCCCCGGGGCAGUCCGACAUGUCCGGCCUGUCGUCCUACGCCGUGAGGAUGGCCCGUCUCAGCGCGCAGAUCUUCGGGGAGGUGGUGCGACCCACGGACGCUCGCUCUCUGAAGGUGGUGCGUCUGUUCCAGGAGCAGCCUCUGGCCAAACAGAAGGAGGUGCACGACUGGUACCCGCAGCACAAGGUCUACUACGCCAUGACCCACAAACUACGCUUCCUCGGCCUCUUCAGGGAUGAACACGAGGACUUUAAAGAGGAGAUGAGGCGACUGCGUCAACUGAAAGGAAAAGGAAGACCGAAGAAAGGAGAGGGAAAGAGAGCCACCAAGAAGAAAUGAAAACUCUGGAAAAACUCUGAAAACUGUGUGUGUGUCUGUGUGUGUGUGUCUGUGUGCGCGCUUUAAGUCCAUGUUUCUUUUUUUUUUAGGUGUAAGUAAAUAAAUGAAAUAUUCAAACGA